AUGCUGGGUUGUGUUGCAGGCCGGCGCGCGAGGACCCCGCCGCCCUGCGCGCCUUCGCCCUGCGCACCUGCGCCCCGCGCACCUGCGCCCUGCGCACCUGCGCCCUGUGCACCUGCACCCUCCUCGGCGCCGCCCUGUUCGCCGGACCCCUACGCCAACAUACGGCGGCCAAAGCGCUUCUUCUCGCCAAUACGAGGCCGACGUGCGGCGACCCCACCGCCCUGCGCGCCUUCGCCCUGCGCACCUGCGCCCCCUUCUUCUCCGCCGCCCUGUUCGCCGGACCCCUACGCCAACAUACGGCGGCCAAAGCGCUACUUCUCGCCACUAGCAGCUCUGGCAAAGUCAGUAAGCUUGGAAUACGACGAAGACCCAUUCUACGGGAGCAACUACAGUGGGCGUGAAGUCGAGGCCUGUUGCUGCUCACCACCGCCCCCAUCUCCGGAGCCCUGCCCAGCCUCCCCGGGACGCCACCGCGGCAGCGUUCCCAAGGGCUUCUACACACUGACGGGUGAUAUCUCACCAAAGUCGACGCCGCGGCGCACCUCGCCGUGCCCGGCCGCCGCCCCCUGUCCGGCCCAGUCUUCGUACGAGGUGGAGCGCAGAUCAGGCGGCGUCGCGCGCCGCACCUUCAGCCGCGACUGCCCCGCCAGCGCCUCCAGCGACGGCCAGUCGCCCGUCUCCGCUAGCGCCACCGCCUCCUUCACCCUCACCACCCGCCAGCCCGAGGAAUUCAUCGACAUGCCGCUCCAGGACCCACUGGGCCCAUGGGUAGACCCGGGCCCCAUGUGGCCCCAUGCAACCCCCGGCCAGGAUGACUCCAUCGACUGCAGCUGCGAGAUCUCUGGGGAUGACCCCUUCACCUUCCUCGACCGUGGCCAGGGCCGCUUCAACACCUUCCCUCCAAGUGACUCCUGCUGCUGUGAUGAAGGACCACCUGCCCUGCAGUACGAGAGUGUGCCCUGCCCGGCCAACACCACAUACGAAAGAGUGCCAUGCCCGGCCAACACCACGUACGAGGUGUCACCCACUGUCGUCUGCACAGACUCGCGCAGCCGGUCAGGCAGCCCCUGCCCCUGCCCGGACAACGAGGAAUACAUCGAUAUGCCGCUCCAGGAUCCGCUGGGCUCGUGGGUGGAAACGGGCCCCAUGUGGGAAGCCAUGGUCGGCGGCCAGGACGACGCCGUGGUCUGCAGGUGCUCCUCCGGAGAAGACCCCUUUGCCUUCCUCGACGAACCUGUGCCCAGCUUCAGCUAUCCCCCGAUUCACCCUUCACGCCGCUGA